CUUCCCGAACGGCGGUGGUGGUGGGCUUAGUGGAGGCGGAGGCGGCUGAGGCCGGUGGACGGAUCCGGUUCCCCUGCCGUAGGGAGCGGUAGCUAUGCGCCUUGGGAGUGGUGAAGGUGGAGACGAAGGCGGCCCCAUCAGCUUGCGGCAGUGCGUCGUCGACGAUAAAGGCGGAAAAAAGAUAGCAACAGAAUAUUUUUGUCAGUUUGAAUAUUAUAGCGUGCAACCUUCAGUUAAAAGUGGCAUUUUAAUUAACUAAUCCUAUUUUCAGCAUGGCAUUUGAGCGAAAGCGAAACCCUUUUGAAGACGGCACAAUCUCAAUUUUCUCCCCUAAUCCGAACCGUCCGUUGUGGCCCCUCUUUCCCGGUGGCAACUUGACAACUCGCCGAGCAGCCGCCGCCGGCGGCCAUGGACCGCGAAGCGCUCCGCAUGGUGUGCUCGCGGGAGUUCUGGCGGAUGGCCGUCCUGUGGACCGUCUCCCUCCUCUACUCCUACAUCCUCCUCUUCUUCCUCCGCCGCGGCGCCCCCGUCCCUCGCCUCCGACCUAUGCCCGAGCCCGACGACGACGCCGCUCGUCGCCGCCGCCGCCGCCCCGUCUGCGUGAUUACUGGGGCGACGUCGGGGCUGGGCAAAGCGGCGGCGGCGGCGCUGGCGCGGGAGGGGUACCACGUCAUCCUCGCUGGGCGUUCUUCACAAUUGUUAUCUGAGACUGUUCAACAAAUUCGGGAUCAACAACCUGAUGCCCAUCUUGAAGCAUUUCAAAUCGACUUGUCAUCCUACAAGUCAAUAAAGAAGUUUGAAACUUCACUGAAUCAGUGGAUCAAGGACUCAAAUAUGGAGCACUCUAUUCAGCUUUUGGUCAAUAACGCUGGGAUCCUAGCAAAGUCAUAUCGAAUUACAGAGGACGGUCUUGAUGAAAUGAUUCAGGCAAACUACAUUGGUCCAUUUGUCCUGACCAACAUUCUGUUACCAUUGCUCAAGAACAGCUCAACACCUUCUCGGGUGGUUAAUCUAACGUCUUUCACACACAGAUGUGUGUCAGAAAUUAACUUGUCUGAGAAAGGAUUGAGCGGAGUAAGGUUUGGUCAUUGGCCAGCGAGGAGAAGCUAUCUCUUAGCUUCUACUUAUGAGUAUACCAAAUUUUGUUUACUGAUGUUCUCAUACGAGCUUCAUCGACAACUUCACUUAUCUUCUGGUGUCUCCGUCAUGGCUGCGGAUCCAGGUGUAGUACAGACAGGCAUAAUGCGGGAGCUUCCUCCAUGUCUUUCUUGGCUUGCGCUUUCUGUUCUGCGCCUCCUGAAUCUCCUACAACAACCUGAUACGGGAGUUGAUGCUGUCCUUGAUGCCGCUUUGGCACCACCUGACUCAUCUGGAAAGUAUUUCUUUGGAGGGAAAGGAAGGACCAUAACGUCUUCUCAGUUGUCAUACAACGUUGAAGUGGCCAAGAAGCUAUGGGCAGAAUCUUUAGCAUUGUUCAAUGAGCUACAGAAUAGAGUAUGUGAACUGAGGACUAGCUGAACUAACUUGUGAAAAUUAUGAGGUUACUGAAUUUCAGGUUUACUCUGUUCGAUGGGCAAUAGUUUCAGGCCUUUUCAGUAAGCUGGACAAGUGUUUGUGCACAAACUUUUACAAACUCCAUUGCAAGCUGGUACUCGUAACUACUCCCUUUGGCCCUAGCAACCUAGAAUAGGAUGUGACAUAUCCUGUCCAAAUUAUGGGAUGGAAGCAGUACAAACUAGGAACGAGCCUAUAGGAAAACUGCUUGUUGUAGUGAGCAGGUUCAAUCUGCAGCCCACAUUUCAUCCUUCUUUUUUA